AUGUCUAGUCGCAACAGUAACAACAACAAUGGCAACAACAACAAACGCAAAGGCCGUCGUCGCAGUCGUCACGAGAUUGGAGUGGGCGUGAAUGCGAUUCACAAAUUCGACCAGCAACAACAACUGCAAGCAGCACAGCAAGAAGAAGAAGAACAAACGACGUCAAAUCCGUUUCAAGGCUUGGGACUUCCUUCGUUGGAAGAAUUGGAAAAACAUUGGAAAGUCGAAAAGGCAACGGACGGUGGCAAAGAUCGUCUCAUGUGCAACAAAGACGGUGGCCAUUGGAAAAUUGUCGUGUCCAUGGAAGAACUCUACGAUACGUGCGUAUUGGAAUUGAAGCAACGAGAGUCGUGGAAGAGUUUUGACGAAUACAAAAAAUUCAUGAUGGACAAGUACUACAUUGAAGAAUCCAUUUUGGAUUGUCUGCUCGUCAAAAACAACAACAACAGCAACAAUAGCGAUGAUGACACGGAAGAACAACAACAAGACAAUUAG